GUCGAACAGGCGUCAGGCGCGGGGUCACGUGUCGCAACUGCUGGUGGAGAGAAGAAAAGGGUGGGACCCCGGACGGAGGGGCGGGGUGCCCUUCUUUCCCUUGGGUCACGCGCGGCAGGAAGUGGUUCCCGAAACGGAGUAUUCGAGAUGGGGACCGCUCUGGACAUUAAGGUUAAAAGAGCGAACAAGGUUUAUCACGCCGGGGAAAUGCUCUCCGGGGUGGUGGUCGUAUCUGGGAAGGAUUCGGUCCAGCACCAGGGAGUCUUCUUGACAGUGGAAGGAACCGUGAACCUCCAACUCAGCGCCAAGAGUGUGGGUGUGUUCGAAGCAUUCUAUAAUUCUGUUAAGCCCAUCCAGAUUAUCAACAGUACCAUCGAAAUGGUGAAACCAGGAAAAUUUCCCAGUGGCAAAACAGAAAUUCCUUUUGAAUUUCCUCUGCACGUGAAGGGUAACAGAGUUCUGUAUGAGACUUACCACGGCGUGUUUGUCAACAUUCAGUAUACCCUGCGCUGUGACAUGAGGCGGUCCCUGCUGGCCAAGGACUUGACCAAGACCUGUGAAUUCAUCGUUCACUCUGCCCCUCAGAAGGGGAAACUGACUCCGAGUCCCGUGGACUUCACCGUCACACCUGAAACCUUACAGAAUGUCAAAGAGAGAGCCUUGCUCCCCAAAUUUCUCAUCAGAGGACAUCUCAACUCGACCAACUGUGUUAUCACACAGCCACUAACGGGAGAGCUGGUGGUGGAGAGCUCGGAGGCCGCCAUCAAAAGCAUCGAGCUGCAGCUGGUGCGCGUGGAGACCUGUGGCUGUGCAGAAGGGUACGCCCGCGAUGCCACAGAGAUUCAGAACAUUCAGAUCGCCGACGGGGACGUGUGUCGGGGCCUCUCUGUCCCCAUAUACAUGGUCUUCCCCCGGCUCUUCACCUGCCCGACACUGGAGACCACCAACUUCAAAGUGGAGUUUGAGGUUAACAUCGUUGUGCUGCUUCACCCUGAGCACCUCAUCACGGAGAACUUCCCGCUGAAGCUCUGCAGGGUGUAGCCGGGAGCGGGUGGAAACGCAGCCGUGCCGACCUACGGGAGCCGAAGCCGGCAGCACCGCACUUGCUGUCUUGAUGGUUCUGUACCAGAAAUGAGUCUGACCCUUCUUCCUCAUUCCCCCGAGACCCCUCUCAUCAGAGCUUCCCUUUGAAAUUCGUCAGGAUUUCUUCAUGGCGUUGGCAAGAUUGUUCCCCAGACAGUAAAUUUCCUGUGACUCUUGACUAACCUGCUCCUUUUUAGGUUCAGAGCACAGUUGUAACAGAGUCUGAACUUUGCUGGAAAGUGAGGUCAGGGACACAGGAAACCGCCCGUCUGGCCGACGGUUGUGGCCAGGGCUCCCGACAGCUCCCCAACCCCGCAGGGUGGCCACCGGCGCGCUGGUUGCUCGUGACGUUGGCGGACGCCCGCCAAGGAGGGUGCUGUGGCGCCCGCUGCAGAUACGCAGCGUGUUUCCCACUCUGUUCUCUUUUAUAACAUUUGUCGUGAUAACUUCGGAACUUUUGGGGACCUGGGGAAAGUGUGCUUUGCCCUCCCGGGAGUGAGGGGAUCUGGUGACCACGGCUGGUGCUGGAGUAUUUCUGAGUCUCAGGACCUGGUGGGAAGUUGCCUGCUGCCGUCUUCCCAGAGUCCGUUUAAGUGCGAGGUUCUGUCGGGGAUAAAAACAUGUGUCCACGCCUGUCGUUGUUGGCUGGGUUCUGAGUGGCAGGGGACCCGGGCCCAGGCCAGCAGUGAAGACCCCUCUGUGCUGGGCGGGACCUGCGUUGGCGGGGUGGGGGGAGGUAGUUUGGCCUGAAGCCAUUUUCUCCCUCGCCUCCUGUGGGGACUUGCAGUGUACGGUGGGUCUGUUACAACACGUUUCUUCCUUCA